AAUUAGGUCCCAAGGUCUCAUUUAAAUUUGAGUAACUUUCUGAGGGAGUUUAGAGGACAUCUAUUAUCCUGAUUUCAACAUAGAGGGUACAACGUCACAGCCUGUCACUUCUACUUGUAUGAAGUCACCCCCCUCUUUUCUGAUUUGUUUGGGUUGCAGUGUCAAAAGCCAUGGAACUCUUUAACCGUGUGAAAGAGUUUGCGGAGGCGCAUUCAACUGGGCUCGCGAUUGUCCUCAUUACUGGAACUGGCCUUAUCACGAUCCGUAGAUGGAUGGCUGGUGGAGUAUGCCACAGCAAAGCCCGACUAGAUGGCAAAACAGCACUGAUCACCGGAGCGAAUACAGGGAUAGGGAAAGAGACAGCUGUGGACUUAGCCGGCAGAGGUGCGAGAGUAAUCCUGGCGUGUAGAGAUAUGGGCCGGGCGAACCGAGCUGCGGAUGAGAUCCGGAAACGGAGCGGGAAUAGCAACGUGGUGGUGAAGCAGCUGGACCUGGCCUCCUUGCAGUCAGUGCGCGCACUGGCCGCUGAUGUGAAAGCCAGUGAGGAGCGUCUGGAUAUUCUCAUCAACAAUGCAGGGAUCAUUAUGACUCCAAAAUCACAGACAGAGGAUGGCUUCGAGAUGCAGUUUGGGGUGAAUCACCUGGGCCACUUCCUUCUGACCAACAGUGUUCUGGACUUGCUAAAGAAAUCCACCCCUAGCCGAGUGGUCAAUGUGUCCAGCCUGGCCCAUGCAACAGCACAAAUUCACUUUGAUGACCUGAAUAUGGAUGGGGAUCCAGAUCCAUUUAACAGCUACAAGCAGAGCAAGCUGGCCAACGUGCUCUUCAGCCGAGAGCUAGCAAAGAGACUGGAGGGCACAGGUGUGACGGUGUACAGCCUCCACCCAGGUCUGGUCUACACUGAGAUAGCUCGGCACCUGUGGCCCUCGUUAGCCUUCUGGAAACGGCUGUUCUUUCAGCCCAUCAUGCUACUCGCCAAGUCUCCGUGGGAGGGAGCGCAGACCACCAUCUACUGCGCCGUGGACGAGAGCCUGGAGAACACCAGUGGCCUCUACUACAGCGACUGUGCCCCUAAGCAGACAGCACCCCAGGCGUGUGAUGAUGCUGCUGCUAAGAAACUCUGGGACAUCAGUGCCUCCAUGGUGGGACUGGCCUAAGACAAGAAACUAACUCUCUACCAAACACACACACACUCACACGGACACACAUUCAUACAUAAAAUAUACAUGCAUAUCACUUUCAUAAUGUUUUAUUUGCGGUAAUACAUGAUGAUUAUAUCAAUGUGUAUGCAGAAUCUCUCUUAAACAUUAUGUCAUAUUGAAUUAGUUCUGUAGUUGCACUGCAAGUACAGUGUUUUCUGCAAGACCAGAAAAUAAUUUCCAUUUGGAUGAAUUGGUGAACUUAAUGUUUAAUCAGUGUUUUACAAUUGCAACUACUCGGAUACGAUCUGCUGUUAUUCUCCUUGACACUACACUUUCAAAGGUUCCUGGGGUGGUAUUGAUAAGCUCACGGCCUACCUUAUUUUAUGUAGGCCUAGCCUACUAUACAUGUUUACCUCUAUACUUUAAUUGUUUGUAAGAGUAAUAUAUUAAUGUCUGCCUACUAUCAAGGUUGCCAAAUAUAAGCUAAUUAAAUGAAUGUCAGUUGCAAAUAGGAAACACAAGCAGUCUCUCAUCUCUUAUUUAUUUGUGUUUUAAUUACAUCUAGAAACAUUUGUAGGCUAUUUAUGUUAAUGACUCAAUGGGAAAGUCCUCAUCAGAUCACGAAAACGUACCAGAAACUAAAUACAGAGUAAUAAAUAAUAAAUGUAUGUAAGAA